UCUUGCGUUACCGUUGCAGUCUUUGGAAUUGAGGCGAUUGGUAGAAAUUCCUGAAAUGGUGGAUAUGCAGUGUUACUUCCCGAUAAACAGAACUCCAGUCGUUGUUUUGAGCACACAAAGCAGAGCUCCGUUGUGAUAAUAGGGCGAAAUACGACACGUCAAAAUUAUAAUCAAAUCAUUAGUUAUCCUAGCUUUAAAAAGGGAUAUAUCUGUCCAUGCUUUUCGAUUUCAAGCUUUCUCUGUUCCUUAUCCCAACCCGGGUCAAGUGCUAUCAACGAUGUGCAGAGCUACUACCCCCGCAACAAAUCCCUACAACCUCUCCUUCAGAUCUCUUGUAGCAAGAUAUCUGGUUAACAAGGCUAUCGUUGCCUGUCAGACGCGUCCUCCGUCUGGAGCCCCGCCUGCCCUCCCGGAAGAAAAGCUGGAUGGACGCAAUCCCGUUCCGCGUAAAUACUCGGCGGGCCCUGCUCUCGAAGACCUCCCGGUAUGUAUUAUCGGUGCCGGGGUAGCGGGACUGUACACCGCUAUGGUUCUUGAUGACUUCGACAUUCCGUAUGAAAUUAUUGAAGCCUCGGACCGUCAUGGAGGCAGAGUUCACACCUACCAUUUCGAAACCCCAGAGAAACCUAAGUUUCACAACUACUAUGAUGUUGGUGCUAUGAGGUUCCCCAAGAUCAAAAUCAUGGAUUCCGUGUUCGAACUGUUUAAAGAGUUAGACCUUUAUGAUGAUGAAAAGGUCAUCGAAUACAUCAUGGAUGCGCCAGGGAACAUAAAGUUGUUCAAUGGUUAGCGCUAGAAACCUAGUUGUCGGUGCUUAUUGAAGAGGUUCUAACUGUAGUAGGCCAAAAGGUUAUUUCUGGGGUUUCCGACGAUGAAACGGAUCCAUUUCAUGUUAGCGUUAGUAACGGAGGGACUGUAAGUUUCUAGGCCAGACUUAUACCGGAGUAGGGCUGAUAUUUGCUAGGUUCCAGACGAAUACCUCGAAUUCACUUAUGUAAAGGACAAUGGAGAGAUACUAGUGGGUGUUGCGGCACUCCUAGCUGAAGCCUAUGACCCCUUCAAGAAGAAGCUUGUCGAGAAUUUUGAGGAAGGGUGGGAGUACCUCAUGCAAUUCGACAGUCACUCGACUCGAACAUACCUCGGCCAAGUCAAGAGUUAUCCGUUCAGCGUUAUCGAUUGGAUGGAGACAAUGGAUACUUCAACAUUAACCUACGACCUAGCUUUCUCCGAGGUAUGAAUUGUGCAUGUGCUGAGCCCAAAUUUCCACCAAACUAACACCUCCUAGACAAUCAUUGACUCUAUCGACUUCGAUUAUCCCGCCGGCCCCAACGAUCCUCCGGGGACUAUAACGAAAUGGGCCUGUGUUGAUGGCGGGACCUCCGUAGUAACCGACCGCAUGGUCGAGAAAAUCAGCGGGAAAAUCAGCUACAACUGCCGAGUGACGGCGAUCGCAAUGGAUGAUCCAACUUCUGACAAUCCAAUGAUGAAAAUCAGUGUCCAAGAUCACGAGGAGUACGAAGACAAAAAGUACUCUCAUGUUAUUGCUACUGCUCCGCUCUCUUGCAUGCGGACAAUGGACUUGGAUCAGGCGGGGUUGGACUACGCCCAAAAUCAAGCGCUCCGAACCCUAGGAUAUGGCCCUUCUAUCAAGGUUGCAAUCAAGUUCAAGACGAGAUGGUGGGAACAAACUUCUAGCCCGGUUAUGGUGGGUGGCGUCAGUUCUACCGACAGACCAAGCCGAAUCGUGGUUUAUCCAAGUUAUAGUCGCAAGGAUCCGGAGGAUGCCAACGGAGUCUUGAUGGCUAGCUACUGCUGGACGCAGGAUGCGCUGAGGCUAGGCUCUCUGAUCAAUGGGAAAGGAACGGAUUCGGAGAAAGCACUCCUGGAUAUCAUUUAUAGGGAUCUCGCUAAGUUGCACGGUGAGGAUCCGCAGUGGUAUAAAGACCAGACAGUAGACUACCAUGCGUACGAUUGGUAUCACAAUCAGUAUAGCAUGGGCGGUAAGCCUCCAGCAUCUUUCGUAUUGAUUGGGCCCUGACAGCAGUAGCGUAUGCCUCCUUCGGUCCAGGACAGUUCAGUAAUAUGUAUCCUGAGCUUACCAAGCCAGCCGCGAAGGGAAACCUUCAUUUCAUCGGCGAGGCGACUAGCACGCAUCACGCUUGGAUCGUUGGAGCAUUGGAGUCUGUUGACAGAGGUAUCAGUGAAAUAUUCAUCAAAGAGCAAAGAGCCGACCUAAUAGAGAGGCAUGAAAAGAAGUGGGAGCAAGGGGAAGCGGAGCACGGGGACACAGCCAAGUUGCAGUGCCUGCGUGGCAUACUUGGGGUUUAGGCGGGGGUGGCUGAAUACGGGUAUUGUGACGGGAGAUUACCGUAGGGUACGGGUACUGUACGAUAGUACUAUCGUACCAGAUAGCUAGUAUUCGCUACUAAUAUACUCGGAUAUCCGACGGAUUUACGCAC